GGUCCUUUCAAUUGCAGGGCAUCUUCUGCAUCCCAGCAUCCCAGCAUCCCAGCUUACCGGCGAGUCCGGCCCUGUUCGCCAAUCAGCCUCCACAGACGUCGCCGACCCCAAUACGAACACAUCCUUUCUGUCGCAAGAACCGAAGUCUGCGGGGGAAGUCUUCGAGGCGUCGGACGCUUACCAGUCUCUUCUUGGACCCUGCAGGUUUCGCGGCCUAAUCUUGGAAGCACAUACGGGGUGCUGGACGACAAUCAAACAAUGUCCUCGUACCUUUCUCUGCCUUGCUCCCGAUUUGUCCUUUGAUCUAUUUGCAUGCUAUCUUGGCCGUAGACGAGCACAUUGUGUCGGGGUUGGCUUCCAAUUGGUCACACCACGUCAGGAAUUUCCUUUGUCGCCACUACGGACAAUCCCCCAAUAACUUUUCAACACGUCCUAUGCUUUAGCAGCUUUCAUCAAUGAGUCGGCUGUUUAGCGAAAGCAUGGUCAGAACCAUCGGUCCCAUCAAAUGGCUAAUUCAGACGACAACGCGGCCAACAGCUUCACAUUUGUAGAUUAUCACGACACUCCAAACCACAACGCAUCGCAUCGACGUGCCGUCAAAUCGCACAUUUCGAGCAAAUACAGGACCUCGGUGCGCCAGCAGACACAACCUCGCUAUGCAUUACCUCAACGUGCUCCUCUCGGCGCCACUGCGACUAACGGUGUGGGCGGCGAAGGUUCUGUGGUCGUACGAAGACGACCAAGAACAUCACGCACGACCUCUACAAUAACACCACAGGGACAUACACUGCCGCCGGUGCCGUCGCCUGUUGAAAUCAACUUCAAUGGAUUCCGCAACGAUCCGCUCAAUGCUUUUCCUGGUAAGCAUACAAAUUGCGUGCCUGGGGCGCUCGACUAUUAUACGCAAGUUCUGGGUCCGCUACACGAGCCGUUGUUGGUAGCCGUCAAUAUGGUCAACCCCAUGAUGACUUGGAUGUUUCCCUUGCUACUCAAGCAUGAAAGCGCUUUCCACGGAGCUAUUGCUUUAUCUCAGGCGUACUUGGAAAAACGCCAAAACCCCGCCGCGGAGCUAUCUCAAGAAGUCGCAUUUCAUCGGCGGAGAGCUGUGCAUGUUUUGCAUGAUCAUCUUUCAACUGUGGAAGGGCCUCCAGAUGAUGCCACUGUCAUGACUGUAUUGGCUCUGGCAUCCCUUGACGUCCUGGAAAGGGCCGACCAGAUGACACAUCGCAACGGCUUGGCCUUAGUGGUGGCUAAAAAGGGUGGACUUGAUAACCUCGGAGGCCGUGGAUUGGUCAAGGCUUAUCUGAUUCAGUUUGACUACUUCUGGAUGCUCGAGACUGGAUCAAAACCCUUAUUCCCGCUCGCCAAGCGAAAGAAGAACAGGACAUAUCCACGGCAGCCAUUCGACCCAGAUAUGCUCGCAUUGAUCGGAACUCUGCCUGCUGGGUUUGCAGCAUUAGCAAACCAACGAUGUCUGGGAGUUGACGUACUCGAAAUCUUGUCCAGGGUGAACAGAUUUGCGAUGGCAAAAGCAGCAAACCUCCACCUGCCGUUGAUCAACGACCCUAUACCCGAAGGACAGGACUAUCAGGACAUUUUUGAUACAUGCUCCUGUCUUCACGCUUCAGCUUCUACCGAGCAUAGCCUCGAGAAGAACAUCUGUCUCGCCAUUAUACUUUUUUGUUUCGACAUUCACAGUCCGGCUGGAGUGUCGGCCAAAAUCACGCCAUAUCGCGGAGCACGGCAAGAAUUGACCAGGUCACUCCAAUUCACUCCUUCCAGCAAUAUCGCGGAAAGAGCUUGUCUGAUCUGGAUCUGGAUGAUUGUGAUUGCAUCCUGGAAGCGAGAUCAUGAUCUAUGCCAUGAGAGUCUCUGGUUAUAUCAGGCUUUCUUCGAGAGGUUUGAGGAAGCCAGGUCGUGGCAGGCUGUCAGCCAUGCGAUGCGGCAAUUCUUAUGGUACGAACCUUUAGCACAGCCGUGGCAAACGAGCUGGCGGGAAGCGUUCAAUGAUUACCAGAGGAUGCAACAGAAUCCUCGCCUGGUUGAAAUCGCAUCAGGCGAAGAAGAUCAGCUUAGCCCUUUGAGUUCGCCUGGGACCAAGCAUUCGACUCGAGAGUCAACGCCGGCGUCGGCUAGCUCGGGAGGGUUUGGAGAAGACUGGGCGAGGGCGAGGAGUCUGCCUAGUAGGACAAGACGAACCAGUCAAGCCACCGACGCCUUCGAAGACGGCACCCCCGGACCUUCGCGGCCGAAUGUCGUCCUUCCUCCCAUGUUUACGCUGGAUACAUAUCUCGGAGAAAUCAAAUGACCCCAGAAAGCCAAUAGACGUCUAACAGAUAUUCACUACAACAAGAUGUCUGGUCGUCAGCCUGCCAAGAAUGCCGAUACGUCCCAGGACCUUCAAUCCCGCCGUGGCGCCACUCUGCAAUGACCACCAAUUCAAGGAGCUUCCAGCACAGUCACUCGGGGUACAAUAGGUGAGCCACUGGCACACUUCCUUGACAAGCUCGGAUCUGUGCCACAAUAUGUCUCUCGCAAAGGAAGAUUCGUGUACGAGAAUGUCACUUUAGUUCCGCGACACCUACAUCUCGAGAAAGCUAGCCUUGCUGGCCACCCCGAUCCAGAAAAUGUGUCGAGAACCUGCAGGAGGAUGCUGUUGGUCUUUAAGCAGUGCAUGCAUGUGUGAUCUAACCGGGUAUUCCAAAGCGUAAUUUUGCAUCUCCUCUUGAAGGUUUGCUGGUCAAAGCUACGUUCUUUGGACUACGAAAGCGUUUUGGGAGCGGAAAGGAUCGAUUGCUCCUUGCCACAUUGUGAGCGAUAUAUAUAGGGCGAGAGGCCAAUGUGAGAUGACGGGAUGUAUCGUAUCCAUCGAUACUUAGCAUCUAGACUCUCAGAGAAUGAUACAUGUACGUCGCAGAUCCCACCAAUGUGACAAUAUUUAGCAGACGAGGCAAAAGACAGUCACGGACGAUAUUUCCGGGUCAGGAGUGUCGAAGAAGAUAGUGCACUGUAUGAUAGCUACAGGAUAUUCUGUAU